UCCAUUCUUCACCACGAGAAGAAUACCUUUGCCCUGCAGAACCGAAAGCCACAUCACUCCGCCGCCAGUAGGGUCAGAGAUGGCCGCCGCCGCCGCCAACUUCACCGCUCCGAGCUCCACUUCUACCACCUCCACCAUCUCUAAACACCUCUCUCACUCUUCCGCCAACCCCCUGAACAACAGUUUCCUUCCCAAAUUUACCCUCCCAUUCUCCCAAAUCCCCAAAAAUCCCACUCUCCACCACCGCCGCCGCGGAGGCCAUUACACUCCGAUUGUCACCAACGUCCUCUCCACCUCCACCGAGACGCCUAAACCCUCCUCAUCCUCCUCCUCUUCCACCACCUCCACCAACACCACUGGCAGCCCGUUUGUUUCCAGAUUUGGCCCUGAUGAGCCACGAAAAGGCUGCGAUGUCCUCGUCGAAGCCCUAGAAAGAGAAGGCGUGACCGAUGUCUUUGCGUACCCAGGUGGCGCCUCCAUGGAGAUCCACCAAGCUCUCACCCGCUCGAAAAUCAUCCGUAACGUCCUCCCCCGCCACGAACAGGGCGGUGUCUUCGCGGCGGAAGGGUACGCCAGGGCUUCUGGUGUGCCAGGUGUUUGUAUUGCGACUUCUGGCCCUGGUGCGACGAAUCUUGUCAGUGGCUUGGCUGAUGCGCUCCUUGACAGCGUUCCGAUUGUGGCCAUCACCGGCCAAGUUCCCCGGCGAAUGAUCGGCACGGAUGCUUUCCAGGAAACUCCUAUUGUCGAGGUAACUCGGUCCAUUACUAAGCAUAAUUAUCUGGUUUUGAAUGUUGAAGACAUUCCUCGAAUUGUUCGUGAGGCUUUCUACCUCGCUAGAACUGGCCGGCCUGGCCCGGUUUUGAUUGAUGUUCCUAAGGAUAUACAGCAACAGAUGGUUGUUCCUGAUUGGGACCAACCAAUGAGGUUGGCUGGAUAUGUAUCCAGGUUGCCUCGGCCGCCUAAUGAGCUGUACUUAGAGCAGGUCUUGAGGUUGAUCGGUGAGUCGAAAAAGCCGGUGUUGUAUGUCGGAGGAGGGUGUCUGAAUUCGAGCGAGGAGCUUAGGCGAUUUGUAGAGCUCACAGGGAUCCCUGUGGCGAGUACUCUAAUGGGGUUGGGAGCUUAUCCCUGUUCUGACAAAGAGUAUUCGUUACAAAUGCUGGGGAUGCAUGGGACUGUUUAUGCCAAUUAUGCUGUGGAUAGAAGCGAUUUGUUGCUUGCAUUUGGGGUGAGGUUUGAUGACCGUGUGACUGGGAAGUUAGAGGCAUUUGCUAGUCGAGCUAAGAUUGUUCACAUUGACAUUGAUUCUGCAGAGAUUGGGAAAAAUAAGCAGCCACAUGUGUCCAUUUGUGCUGAUGUGAAAUUGGCUUUGGAAGGGUUGAAUUCAAUGUUGGAGGCAAGAGGGAAUAAAUUGAAACUGGAUUUUUCGGCUUGGAGGGAAGAGUUGAAGGAGCAGAAGGUGAAGUUUCCUUUGAGUUUCAAGACUUUUGAUGAUGCUAUUCCUCCACAAUUUGCAAUUCAGCUUCUUGAUGAGUUGACAAACGGGAAUGCGAUUGUUAGUACUGGUGUAGGACAACACCAGAUGUGGGCUGCUCAGUUUUACAAGUAUAAUAGGCCUCGACAAUGGUUGACAUCCGGGGGGUUAGGAGCUAUGGGUUUCGGAUUGCCUGCUGCAGUUGGUGCUGCUGUUGCGAGACCUGAUGCGGUUGUUGUGGACAUUGAUGGGGAUGGAAGCUUCAUCAUGAAUGUGCAGGAGUUGGCCACAAUUCGAGUGGAAAAUCUACCAAUUAAGAUUAUGCUUUUGAAUAACCAGCAUCUGGGUAUGGUUGUUCAGUGGGAGGACAGGUUCUAUAAGUCUAAUAGAGCACAUACUUAUUUGGGAAAUCCUUCAAAAGAGUCAGAGAUUUUCCCUGACAUGCUGAAGUUCGCUGAGGCUUGUAAUAUCCCUGCUGCGCGAGUAACAAAGAAGGAAGAUCUUAGGGCCGCAAUUCAAGAGAUGCUUGAUACCCCUGGUCCAUACUUGCUGGAUGUAAUAGUGCCACAUCAGGAGCAUGUGUUACCUAUGAUUCCUAGUAAUGGAGCAUUCAAAGAUGUGAUAACUGAUGGUGAUGGUAGAACAGUAUAUUGAUAUCAUAGAGUGGCAGCUAUCAAGUUUAGGUUUUGGAAGAUAUUUUGGCAGCUGAGUGGUCAAAGUAGAAUUAUAGUUUUUGCUCUACCUUUUGGUUACUGCUGUAUGUUUUGCUUUUAGCUGGACCUAUUGUACUCUAUUUUCAAUGUAAUGGUUAGUAUUUUGGUUGCAAUCGGUGCUGCUUUUCUUGAACCUCUAGUAAAAGGUGUGUUGUUGAUACGUGUUAAAAGCAGUAAAAAAAUAUGGACGUUUUUGAAGCUCGUG